AUCUUCUCCGCUCUCAUUUCUUCUCAAACCCUACGCCCACCACCACCCACCCACCCCCCAUUUCUAGGGUUUCUACCAACCUUCCAACUUCCAUUUCCGUUUCUAGGUUUCUCGAUUCUCUGGAAAUGGCGUCCUCAGCCGCUCAAAUUCAUGCGCUCGGUGCAACGGCGCACUUUGCAUCGGGGAGUCCGGCCGGAAGGAACAGCACGAAGACGGUCUUCUUCGGAACGAAGCUCAAUAAUUCGGUUUCGUUCGGGCUGAAGUUGAAGAGCAAGGCGCGGAGUGGCGGCUCGAGGCGCUGCGGGCCGCUUCGUGUGGUUGCGGAGAAGGUCGUCGGAAUUGAUCUCGGGACGACAAAUUCUGCGGUGGCGGCGAUGGAGGGUGGGAAGCCUACAAUCGUGACGAACGCGGAGGGGCAGCGGACGACGCCGUCGGUUGUGGCUUAUACUAAGAAUGGGGACAGGCUGGUUGGGCAAAUCGCGAAGCGCCAGGCGGUGGUGAAUCCUGAGAACACGUUUUUCUCUGUGAAGAGAUUCAUUGGGAGGAAGAUGUCGGAGGUGGAUGAGGAGUCGAAGCAGGUCUCGUAUCGUGUUGUGAGGGAUGAUAAUGGCAAUGUCAAACUCGAGUGUCCUGCCAUUGGGAAGCAGUUUGCGGCUGAAGAAAUCUCAGCUCAGGUUUUGAGAAAGCUCGUGGAUGAUGCAUCGAAGUUUUUGAACGACAAAGUCGGUAAAGCAGUUGUCACUGUUCCUGCAUACUUCAACGAUUCUCAAAGAACUGCAACUAAGGAUGCUGGACGUAUAGCUGGGUUGGAAGUUCUUCGUAUUAUUAAUGAACCAACAGCUGCGUCAUUGGCAUAUGGUUUUGAAAGGAAAAGCAAUGAAACAAUCCUGGUUUUUGACCUUGGUGGUGGCACCUUCGAUGUCUCAGUACUUGAGGUUGGUGAUGGUGUGUUUGAGGUACUGUCUACAUCUGGGGAUACACAUCUUGGAGGUGACGACUUUGAUAAGAGAAUUGUUGAUUGGCUGGCUGGAAACUUCAAGAAGGAUGAGGGAAUAGAUCUGUUGAAGGACAAGCAAGCUCUUCAGCGUUUGACUGAGACAGCAGAAAAGGCGAAAAUGGAACUAUCAUCUUUAACCCAGACUAAUAUUAGUUUGCCUUUCAUCACGGCCACUGCUGAUGGUCCCAAACAUAUUGAAACCACGCUGACCCGGGCGAAGUUUGAAGAGUUGUGCUCAGAUUUGCUUGACAGGCUUAAAACCCCUGUCCAAAAUUCUUUGAAGGAUGCAAAACUCUCGUUCAGUGACAUAGAUGAGGUCAUCCUUGUUGGUGGCUCUACACGUAUUCCCGCUGUUCAGGAGCUUGUUAAGAAAUUGACCGGCAAGGAUCCAAAUGUCACUGUCAAUCCCGAUGAAGUUGUUGCCCUGGGAGCUGCUGUUCAGGCUGGUGUUUUAGCUGGAGAUGUUAGUGACAUUGUCCUUCUGGACGUAAGUCCGCUAUCAUUGGGAUUGGAAACACUGGGUGGGGUAAUGACAAAGAUUAUUCCAAGGAACACAACGCUUCCCACUUCGAAAUCAGAAGUUUUCUCCACAGCUGCUGAUGGUCAAACAAGUGUUGAGAUCAAUGUCCUUCAAGGCGAAAGAGAGUUUGUCAGGGACAACAAAUCCUUGGGAAGCUUCCGCCUAGAUGGAAUUCCACCCGCUCCCCGUGGAGUACCUCAAAUUGAGGUCAAAUUUGAUAUUGAUGCGAAUGGAAUCCUCUCAGUCACUGCCAUCGACAAGGGCACUGGGAAGAAGCAAGAUAUCACCAUUACCGGUGCCAGCACAUUGCCAAAUGACGAGGUGGACAAAAUGGUGAAAGAGGCCGAGAAGUUUGCUAAGGAAGACAAGGAGAAAAGAGAUGCCAUCGACACUAAAAACCAGGCGGACUCUGUGGUCUACCAAACCGAGAAGCAGUUGAAGGAGCUCGGUGACAAAGUCCCCGCCCCUGUAAAGGAGAAGGUCGAGGCCAAGCUAGGAGAGCUCAAGGACGCCAUUGCUGGUGAAUCAACCCAAACAAUGAAGGAUGCCAUGGCUGCCCUGAACCAAGAAGUUAUGCAGCUCGGGCAAUCUCUGUACAACCAACCAGGGGCAGCUCCUGGCGCUGGCCCAUCACCUGGUGCCGGCCCGGCUGGUGGAUCUUCAGAAUCAUCAGACAAGGGCCCCGAAGGUGAUGUCAUUGAUGCUGAUUUCACGGACAGCAAGUGAGAGACUUGCCAGGUAAUUUAUCCCUGUAAUGAAGGGUGCUUGCUCGUCUAUUUCUUUUGUGUUUAUAAAGGAUGGAUGAUUUUGUCUUAAGGUAAACGGUAAAACAGAGAUUGGAAUUUCUUGAGAAUGAGUGCUCUGCCAUAAUCCCAAGGUUAGAUCAAGUGUUUUUUCCACAACAUUUGGAACUUCUUUAUAGGAAUUUUUUCUUA